AUGGCUGAUUCAACGCAGCAAGAGCAAAGUGUGCAACGGAAUAGUUCUCAGGAAAACACCAACUGGGCGGCAUUCGGUCUUGAUCCCAUCACAGCGACAGUGUCAAACAUCAACCCAGACGCUGAAGCACAACCUGAAGCAGACUCGAGACAGGAUGUCGAAAAGACAGUCAGUGCAUGGAUCUGCGUCCUUGGGUCCUUUCUGGCUCUGAUACCUACAUUUGGCUUCAUGAACUCGUUGGGCACAGUCCAAACAUAUCUUAGCAUGAACCAGCUCCACGACUACAGCGAAGGCGAGGUUGGAUGGAUCAGCGGCCUAUUUCUCUUCCUCUCACUCAUUCUCAACGUCCAAGUCGGUCCAAUGGUUGAUGUCCACGGCCCCAACAUCAUCGGUCCCGUGGGAGCAGUUCUCUAUGUGGCCAUGUUUCUGCUCAUGGCCGAGUGCCGCAACUACUGGCACUUCAUGCUCUGCCUGGGAGUGUUCGGGAGUAUCGGCGCCGCCAUGACGAUGGUUGUAGCCAUCGCCAUCGUAGGAAAACUGUUUGUCCGCAAGCGAGGUCUCGCGAUGGGUAUUACACUCGCAGGAUCAUCCAUCGGCGCUGUCAUAUUCCCUAUUAUUCUACGGUCGACGUAUCCCAAUCUCGGCUGGCAAUGGUCAAUGCGAAUCAUGGCGUUCAUAUCAGCCGGUCUUCUCCUCCCUGCCAUUCUCUGCUUCACCACCUUCAACAAGAUCUACAAAUCAUCAACAAAUGGCCAACCCAGCCCCAAGAGCUCGACACUCAACUUGACCGCCUUUCAGUCACCCGCAUUCUGCUUUGUUACGGCGGGCAUCUUUAUGUUUGAGUUUGUCAUCUUUAGCAUCUCGGGUCUUCUGCCGUCCAUUUCCACCCGGGUCGGCUUCACUGCCGAGAAUGGAUAUACACUUCUUUCUAUUGUCGGGGCGGCGAGCACAUUCGGCCGAGUCAUUCCCGGAAUUAUCGGCGACAAGUAUGGGCAUUUCAAUGUUCUACUUGCUACUUUGGUCUUCACCAUCAUCUUCAUGGGCGCUCUGCUCGUUCCUUUUGGGACCAAGUCAGCUACUGCUCUCUACGCCUGGUCUGCUAUCUGGGGAUUUGGGUCCGGGUCUUUUCUCUCCAUUACUCCAGUCUGUAUGGGUAAAACAUGCGAAGCCAAGGACUAUGGUAUGAUGAACUUUGUCACCGCCUUCGCACUGCUCAUCGCUCUUCCGACAAGUGGUGCCAUGCUCGAGAAUAUGGGCCCUCAAGCUCUGGCUGGUCUCUUCACUGGCAUGACUGCCGUUGGAGGAGCUUGCUACUUUGCAGCCCGAGCUCUUCUCAUUGGGAAGUGGCUGUCUCCCACGACUAUUAUUUAA